GACAGCUCAGGUAGCCGUAGCGAGACACUCUUCCAGAAGAGUAUACUACAACCAUGUUACGGUGACGUUUUUUUAUUUUUAUACUUUUUUAUAUUCUUUAAAGCCUCGCUUCGUAAUGGCGUGGCUUCGCCUCCGGUUACCAUAUAUUCCCGCGUCAACGAGUUAGUUUAAUCGAUUGCUUGAUGUUUGAUCGAUAUAUAACAACAACUGUACUAGUUUUAGUUUGUGAUAUGAAAGUGAAUGUGCUAUUGUUUGUGAAUUCUAUUUUUUUUUAUUUUAUUAUUUUUUAUGGCCAUUGUUUAAGUUAUUACAAAUACUUAAUUAAGUAUUUACUGAAAAAUAGUAGACGUUGGAGUUACAAAAGUUAUUUUAAAUGGCGUUUAAAAGUGUUUGAACAAGUGAUUGUACUGUGAAUAUUCAAGUACGUUAUUUUUUAUAACCACGUGGAUAAUUGAAUAAUAAUUAGUAUCGACUGUGUGCUGAAAUGUUUAAAAGGUUUACGAUGUUACUUUUUAUUAUCUUAUCUUGAUAUUUUUUCUGGGUUUUGAGAAACAGGAAAAAGUAUCAUGUAGUCAAAUAUUGUUGAAUUUAAACGAGAACGUGAGAUUAAGUUUUACUAAAAAGAGUUUAAACAAAGUUGUGAAUAUGGUAAAUAAUGCGUUAUCAAGUUAAGUUUGUAUGGAAUAACAUUAAAAAGUUUGAGUUGAAAAAAAAAAAAUUAUCUUGGACAAAAAAUUACAAUGUACAUAUUCUCAAGAGUUUGUAUCGAUGUACUUGCAUGUGAAAAUAAAAAAUGAAGUUAAGGAUACUUUUUAAAAACACUUUAACAUUUAAAGUACACGAGAUAAUUGUUAGAUAUUAUAAAAUUUUUAAAUAAAUUUGUAUGCAUACUUUGAAUGGGGAUUUUAAAAUUUUAAAUUCAGUGAGACAUAAAAGCCUGUUGAGAAGAAGCUUAUGAAUAUAUAAAAAUGUUAAAGUGGAUAAAAGUGAAGCAGGACACUGCACCGGCUGGUAAAGAGACGAGUAACAGUAAGGUUGUGUCUAAAGAUACGGAAAAUGAUGAUAUUGAGCCCGAAAUUGAUGUUGCUUGUAAAAGUGAUGUUAGUGAAGUUGCCGCUGAGAAAGAGGAAGAGGAAGACAGUGGAAUGGAGCGAGAAGACUCGCCAGCAAUCGAUUUAAGACGCUUGAAAAAUGACCUGUUUUCGCAGCUGCAGUUUUCGCAGGACAGCGCUUUACCGCCUGAUGCCCUUCGCCGGGCCCUUGCCGAGAGUUUUCUCGACCAACAACGUUUCCAAUUGGGUUUUAUGGACGAUGCAGCAGAAUGUUUCGAAAAUAUUUUGUUGCGAAUCCAUUUACACAUUGCAAGUGGCGAAGCAGAAGAUAUGUGCAGUGCAAGACAUUGUGUACCACAUCAAAAAUUUGCGAUGACUCUAGUAGAACAGAGCGUGUGUGGUGCUUGUGGUGCCACGUCUGAGCCAUUACCAUUUACUCAGAUGGUUCAUUAUGUCUCUGCAUCAGCAUUGACUUCACAAGCACGGCAAACUUUACCAGCAGCUAAAAAUAGUCCUGAUCUAUUUGGGCAACUUUUAAGAAAAGCCGGCGGUAUGGGAGAUAUCCGUGAUUGUCCAAGUGCAUGUGGUGCAAAGAUCCAGAUAUGCCGAACGUUGAUGAACAGACCGGAGAUUGUAUCAGUGGGUGUGGUGUGGGACAGUGAAAGACCUUCACUUGAACACAUCAUGGACGUGUUUGCGACUGUCGGUACGUGCUUGCGACUCAGCGAUGUUUUUCACAGCGUCGUUGAUUCGCGAUGGGGUGCAUCUACUGUUCACAAUCUCGUUGGGGUUGUCACGUACUACGGCAAGCACUACUCAACAUUCUUCUUUCAUACCAAGUUAAAGGUAUGGAUAUACUUUGACGAUGCAACGGUAAAAGAGAUUGGACCAAGAUGGGAGCAGGUAGUAGAGAAAUGUAGACGUGGUCGUUAUCAACCACUUUUAUUAUUGUAUGCAACACCUGGUGGUACGCCAGUUAAUACUGAAAACGCGCCUAAAACCGUGACACCAUUUCCCAAUACCAAAGGCUGGAAAACAUCACCACAAAAAAAUAAUGCUAGACGUUCUGUUACACCUAGUCCUGAGAAACCUUUGAUCAGUAAUACUGCAAGACGAGCUAUUACACCUAAUCCUGACAGCCCACCUCAUGUUUACACACAGCGAAGAGUGUACAGUGAUUAUCAAAAUCUCACUGAUAUACAAAAUAAUAUUUUUGGAAUUAAGGACGUUGACACUGUUGACGGUGAAAGUGAGUCAAAAUAUAUAAGUCGUCGUGCGGUAGAGAACGUGAUGCAGCAUCAAAAGAAGCAACAAAUGCAAUUAACACGUAGUUUAAGCGCUGGAUCUAAUCCACAAGAUGGUUUAAGUAUUCCGGAUCACUUGAAUGUACCGCGAAGACGUGAUUCUGGAAACUGGUCUGGUGAUCGUAACAGUGCAUCUUCAAGUUCUUCAACGACAAUGGAUAAUCCUUAUUUAUAUAUCGUAAAUAAAAUGCAAAGAAAUUCGGGUGUACCUAAAAGUCCGACAAGUAAAUCUGGCGAAUUAUCAAGUAGUAGCAGUGGCCAUUAUGACGCCGGUUACGAUUCGUAUUCACUUUCUUCAACAGACAGUCUUCCUCUUCAACAAGGUCUCAAACAUAAUUUACAACUUGCUCAAAUACCUGAAGGUUAUCAGCCAACACUUGGUGAUGACUGUGAACGACUGUGCAAAGAGACUGAUGCGCUACUAGAUAAGUCACGCGCGGCAGAAGACGCCGGUGAUUUAGGAACCGCUGUAGCACUUUGCAAUGCCGCGAGUAGUAAAGCGCGAGCUGCGAUGGACGCGCCUUAUAAUAAUCCUCACACAAUUACUAUUGCACGUAUGAAACACAAUACUUGUGUAAUGAGAUCGAGAAGCCUUCACAGAAGAAUACUUCAAGAACAUGCGAUAGCUAACGGUGGAAAAGAAGAAGCCGCUCCUGAAGGAAGACAUUCGAGGGAAAACAGUAAAUCUGGGCAGCAUUCACGACAAAAUUCACGUGAUAAAGGUAAUCAUUCACGGCAAAAUAGUCGUGAAAUGUUAAUAAAUACAACUCCGGUAAUAGAUAAACCAGCAGUUAAAAAUAUUGAAAUUUAUGCCACAUUACCCAAGAAAAAGACUUUGAGAGGUAAAGCUACGGCUGUAAAUGUUAUUGAAGACGAAGAGUAUAUGCUCUAUGAUAAACCAACUCAGAGAACGGGAUUUUUUGGUCGAACAAAACGAUGCGAUGAUGAUAAAAAAGAAAAGAAACGUGCGAGGAGUGAAGAACGAAAUAAAAAUAUAUCAAAAGACUUUUCAAUAGCGCCAUCGAAACCUUCUGUUUUACUGAAAAAUACUAAGCAAGAUAAGGCAAAAGAAACAUCUGAAGUAAACAAAAAUUCACAAAAUAAUAAUACUGCGGCGACUAGUGAUCAGAAGCAGGGUAAAAAACAACACAAAAUAAGAAGAAAAUUAUUGAUGGGUGGUUUGAUUAAAAGAAAAAAUCGAAGUAUGCCUGAUUUACGUGAAGGUCAAGAUGGUCAGCCGAUUGCUGCGGCUAAAGAAAACACUUCAAAUACAUUACCGAAACAAUCUGUUGACGAUUCAAAUGUCGGUCUAAAGGCCAAUGAAGUCGGUCAAUCUUUAAGCGGUUACUUGUCGGAGGGCCACCUAGAGUUUACCGGCAAUUGCAAUGCCAAUCCAAAUUUAGAACGAAGUCGUCUGAUGAGAAAAAGCUUCCACGGUAGCGCCGGAAAGGCGUUACACGUUGCGAAAGUGCCUCCGCCACCACCGCUCCGGACCACUUCUCAACUUAGCAAGUCUAAGUGUCCUGAAGUGCGCAAUGAGCAAGACAACAUCAACAAGUCCACAUACAACAACAACAAUAAUAAUAACAAUAUCAAUAAUAUUAAUAAUAAUAACAAUAAUAAUAAUAAUGAUGGACAGUGUGCGAUUAAUUCUCCUCAGGAUCAAACGACUAAUGCUUACUGGAGUCAUCUAAAUCCAGCUAAUUUUAAUUCCACAAAUCAAAUUUGUCGCAAUAGUUAUGACGAAUAUUUAUCUGAACCACAAUCAUUACCAUUUUUACCGUCUUAUAAUUCAGAAACAAAUAAUACGACGACAUCGGCAUCGAAUGUAACUCAGCAACAGCAACAAAAUGGUGUAGUAAAACCAAGAAUUCAAGAUGACGUUGUACAGUAUGCGAAUGGUAUUUUAUAUGAACCGACAUUUGUUGUAACACGUGCUGAUGUUCACAAUGAACAGAGUCCAGCAAAAAUCCAACAAUCAGAAACACUUCCGCCUUAUCCAGAUAAUAUUAAUAAUGUGUCACAUUCACGACAACCGAGUGAAGAUUUUCCACCUCCGCCGUAUCCGGUGAUACCAUCAGUCACGCACUCACGUCAACCUAGUGAAGAUUUUCCACCACCACCUUCACCUCUUGAAAUUGAAAAUACUCUAGUUCAUCAGCAACAACAACAGCAGCAACAAUUACAACUACAACAGUUGCAACAUCAACAACUACAAUUACAGCAAUUGCAACAGCAACAGUUACAACUAGAACAGUUACAACAACAGCAGUCUCAACAAAUACAAAUGCAAACACGUCAACAACAAUCAACUGAGGCUCAACAAAUAAGUAGUCUAUUAGCUCAAUUACAGAGUAAGAGAGCGCAACUUUUAUCUGCGGAAAAUGAUGAUAAGAAAAGAAAUUCAAUGCAGGAGGAUGAAGAUAAGAAUGCUAGUGAAACAUGGCUACGUGAAUUACAAGCUAAACAAGCUGAAAGAAGAAUGAAGAAACAGGGGCCAUUGGAUGGACAGCAAGAUGUACCUAAAAGCAUUGCCAGGCGAACUAGUGAUUUGAUGAUGAACAGCAUCGGACAAAUAACCACUCAGCCGCAAGGUGUUGAUGUUACUGACUGUCCACGAGUCGUUUCUUCUGUUAAAGACAUGGCCGCAAGAUUCGAGCAAAUAAAAUUACAUCCAGUACCUAAAACAGAUUCUGAUAGUAAAAGUCAACUCAAAUUUACAUCUAAUUCGGUAUCACCGUCGCCAACAUUAGGAAACAGUAAUGAAGUACAAAAAACAGAAGAAAUUACUCACCAAUUGCCAUUGUCGAGUGAAAAUCUUGCAGCUUUCACUAAAUUUGAUAAUUACACUAGUGUAACGUCAAGCGCUGAAUCAACUUCGAGUCAAAGUACAUUUGUUGCAGUACCAACAGAUAAUUCAGUAGGUACCCAAGAAAAUAGUGGAUUGAAUGCUGCUAUUUUAUCAAUGUCUCUGACGUUACCUCAUGAGACUGGUCUUCCAAUAGAUUAUCCAGAAGAUGAUAUUAGUGAAGUAGCGAUGCAGAAUACUAUUCAAAAUACAACGAUACUUCCUAUUGAAGAAGAUUUGCUUGUUGCUAAAACAAAACGUCGUGGUGGUAAAAAGAAGAAUGUAUCAUUUUGUGAUCACGUUGUUCUAGUAGCAACUGCCGAAGACGAAGAAAAAGAUUCGUACAUUCCCAAUCCAAUUCUCGAGCGUGUAUUGAGAUCAGCAAUAAAUAAACCUGAAACAGCUCAGGUGUUACGUGAGAUACGAAGUCUACAAGAGGCUGAGAUGAAUCGUGACAGUAAUCAAGUAACUAAAUUUCAACAGCAAACGUUGCCAUUGAAAAGCGAAGCUGAUAGUACGCCAUCGACAACAUUCCAAGAUCAAUUAAGGAGUGUAAAUCCAAUAUCACCAUUAGCUGUUGAUAGUAACUCACGACCGACUUUCACACGUCAAACUCCUAAUGAACCAUCGACUAAUAACACCUCGGCCUCGAUUACUCAACAACAAGACCCCAAGAAGUACACUCCCUAUGUUGGUAGUGACUGUCAUAGCGAUGUCGUACGUGAUACUUAUCCACCUGCUGUCUCUUCUGUACAACCUAAGACCUCUUAUUCACCACAACUUCAACAGCAGAUAAGAUACACGCAAAAUGGAUUAACAUACAAUCAGUCUUCGUCUGCAUUGACGGGUCAAGGUUACACUCAAAUUCAUCCACGUAAUCCAGCGAUACCGGUAUCACAAACGCAGAAACCUGCGAGUCCUUAUACAGUGCAGAUCCAUGGUCAGUAUCCACAAGCUAAUAUUCAACAACAGCAACAACAACAACAACAACAGCAGCAACAGCAACAAAAAAUUAUUGGUAAUAAUAACAACAGUACUCAGAAAAAUGGGUACCCAGUGUACUAUCAUCUUGAACAACAACACAAUCAGAUGAAUAUUCAAAUGACUGCUCAGCAAUAUCAACAGAAUGGAACAAAUCGCAGUCCAAGUGUAAACUCAAGUCCUAUUACUGUACAACACUCUCAACAGUUUGCGUAUCAAGCAAAUCAGUCUUCAAAUUCUUAUCAGCAAUAUGCAACGCAAAAUCAAUACUCAAACAAUAGUUAUCAGGGUUAUACGCUUCAAAACGGGGCUCAACAAACAAGAGCAAGUCCAUCGAUACCUCAGUACCAACCACCACCUAAUCCAGCGUCUUAUCAACCACAACAGUCACAGCAGCAACAGUCUCAAGUAUCUCAGCUUCCUCCGCAACAAAAUUUACCACAGACACAAAACCAGCAGGUUCAGUCUCAUCAUCAACAUCAGUUAGCUCAAGCAUUCCAGCAGCGCGCUGAAAAUUAUCAACGACCACCACAAAAAACAGAUCAGCAAAAUGUUUUAGCGCCUAAUCAAAUGUACACAAAUUCACUCCAAAAUGGACAGAUUCAAUCUAAUAUUAAAUAUCAAAAUUAUCAGCAUCCACCUGCUGCUUCUGCUGCUGCUAUAAAAUCACUUAAACAAGGGCCUCUUAUGGCUAAUGGUAAAUCUAAUUCAAUGGGUUUAAUUCAGCCGCAAAAUGUAAUGCAAAAAACGAUGUCUACGUCAGCAAUAUCGCGAAUUACAUUAUGUCAUCUUUGUCGUAAAAAACAAGUUACUGAACCGGCAAUGUAUUGCGCAGAUUGUGAUUUCUAUAUAAAUAGAUUUCGGCCGAAAAAUUAAUUUAUUUAUCGUACUAUUAUUUAAAUUUUUCUACACGCGUGCCAUUACUGUCACUUAUCAAUAAAAUUGAAUUUGUGAUUAAUGGCUAGUAGAUUUUAUUAUUUUACAUUUAAUAAGAAAAUUAAGUAUUUAAAUUUUUAAACAUGUAAAGUACCUUCAUCGAGCAGCUAUAGUUUUAUUGCAAUAUCACUAAUAUCACUAGUGAUAAUUUGUUUUAUAUUUAAGUUAAAAUUGUAAAUUCUAAAGUGUAAUACUUUUUUUUUAUUGUAAUUUAUGAUUAAUUUUUAAUUGUUAAUGUUAUUAGUAUUAUGAUUAUAAUUAUUUAUAAUUUUAAAUGACUGUAUUUCUUUUAUUAAAUUUAAAAAAAUUGUAUAUAGAUAAUAGGCAGGUACUUAAAAAAAAAAGUAUUAAAUGUUCUAUUGCAAUUAAUGAGAUUAAACCUCUGUGAAUGUCGAGGAUUUUAUUAUAUAGAAAAAUAUAAAAAUAAAUACUAUUUGUAGUAGAUAUUUUAAGAAUUGUGAUAUUAGUGUUGUUUAAAAUUUAAACUGUACAAGAUUUAAUGAAUAUUAUAAAUGUUAUAUAAAUGAUGAAUGAAACCUUGCGAUAAUAUUUAAUUAUU